GGCCGAUCACUAGGGGGUUGAGAGGAGUAUGACAGGUCUUUGUUGUCUGAAUAAAAAUCAGUGGCAGCUCAAGGGAGAGAACUCCUCCUACUAAAUUAUCAAAAAUGGGCUGGCUUUAGUCUCUUAACAAAUUGGACACAGCUCCGGAAAGCAGCAGUCCCAAAUCCAACCUACAGGCACUGGGAACUUUAAAGCAUCCAGGGACGGCUGAAAAUAGCAUUUCUUUUUCUUUCUUUGUGUUCAAAACUAUUUUCUGUCUCCACCAGAUUUUUUUUCUCCCCCCGUUCCAGUUGUUUCCCAUUAGUAAUCCGAUCUCUCCAGAGCAGUAAGAUUCGCCUUCUUCUCCUUCUUUUCCCACCCCCUUGUUUGUUUGUUUUCCGCACAUCUCCUCCAGAAGCUAUUGGUGCUUUUUUUUUUUCCUUCAAGAAGUUGGUUUUGCAAUUUCUCUCUCCUCUCUUCUUUCUUUCUCCGUCUUCUUCUCCCCUAAUCCACUACCCCCCACUCAGUGACUGUCUACGGUGUAGACUUUUUUUUUCUUUUGGAUGAUCUGAGACUCUGGGGUGUCUGUAUAUGGAAAUAGUGGGGUGCCGAGCCGAAGAAAAUACUUGUCCUUUCCGUCCCCCAGCCAUGCUUUUCCACGGAAUCUCCGGGGGCCAUAUCCAAGGGAUCAUGGAAGAGAUGGAGCGGAGAUCUAAGACGGAGUCCCGCCUGGCCAAAGGAGGGCAGAUGAAUGGCAGAGAAGCGAGUAUGCCCCCUAUGAGCCCCGAAAAGCCUGCUUUGUGUGCUGGUUGUGGAGGGAAGAUCUCUGAUAGAUAUUACCUGCUGGCCGUUGACAAACAAUGGCACCUGAGGUGUCUUAAGUGCUGUGAAUGUAAACUGGCUUUGGAGUCAGAGCUCACUUGUUUUGCCAAGGAUGGCAGCAUUUACUGCAAGGAGGAUUACUACAGAAGGUUCUCCGUGCAGAGAUGUGCCCGCUGCCACCUUGGGAUUUCGGCUUCCGAAAUGGUUAUGAGAGCCAGGGAGUCUGUCUAUCACCUGAGCUGCUUCACCUGCACUACCUGCAACAAAACUCUGACCACCGGCGAUCACUUUGGCAUGAAGGAUAACCUGGUUUACUGUCGGGCCCAUUUUGAGACCCUUUUACAAGGAGAAUACCCCCCGCAGCUUAGCUACACUGAGUUAGCGGCUAAGAGCGGCGGGUUGGCACUGCCUUACUUCAACGGCACUGGCACUGUCCAGAAAGGGAGGCCCAGAAAAAGAAAAAGCCCUGCCCUCGGAGUGGACAUCGUCAAUUACAACUCAGGUUGUAAUGAAAAUGAGGCGGAUCAUUUGGACAGAGACCAGCAGCCUUAUCCCCCGUCCCAGAAGACCAAGCGCAUGCGUACCUCCUUCAAGCACCACCAGCUCCGGACCAUGAAAUCCUACUUUGCUAUCAACCACAACCCGGACGCCAAGGACCUCAAGCAGCUUGCCCAGAAAACGGGCCUGACCAAAAGAGUUCUGCAGGGAGAACAAAUCUUGGGGCAUUACAGCCAAACAUCCCGACGUUUGAAAAUUCCCUAAAGUAUUAAAAGAAGGGGAAAAGUUUGAUCGGAAAUCCACUGCAGUGAAGACAAAGACAUUAGGUUAUGAUAAUCAUACAUUUAAAAAUCUAUUGAGCCAAAAAAAAAUAAGAGAGAGAGAGAGAGACCUAAAUGUCAUUUCCUGAAUGUUAACAAAAUUUAUGUUCUUUAUGGCAUCUAACACAAAUGAAGGCUUACAAAAUUGUGUGGUUUAAAGCAAAAGUUAGAUAAGCUGUGUGCAAACCAGAGCAACCUGGCAGUAAUAUACCCUACCCAUGUUGGAAGACAAUUAUUCCUUUAAAAAACUAAAAAUAUAGCAACAACACAUUUGUCAAGCACAAAUACUUGUAAAAUAAAAUCCAAAUACAUUCAUUCCACCUGCUUGCUAAUGUGUACUAGUCAUAUCUGUUAAAUGGCAUUUUUGUAAAUUCAAAGAAAAGCUAUCACUCGUUUAAGAGCAUAGGGAACAAAACUAAGUAAUUUUAGCAUUAUUGUUUAUGAUUUCUUUUUUAAAAGCCGAAAAAUCUGCAUGCACUUUUACAUUUGUCACCUAUAGUGUACAUUUCUGUAUGAUGACUUCUCUUUGAUGUUUCUUGUAUAAUAAAUAGCUUUCAUGAAUAAACAUUUUAUUUGAUGCAAACAUAGUUAACUUUAUGUAAACACACCUAAUCUAGCUGUUGAAAUUAAUUUAGAAUAUUUUGGACACUGUCUUAAAAGGCAGGCUGGUAAACUUCCAAUUUGUUACGCCUACAGGAAAAAAAAAACACCAAAUAACCAAAACAACAGGCAUCAUUGUAGCUUAGUGUAAAAACAAUUUCCUUAGAUUUUAGUGUUUCAUGACUUACUUUCAUUUCUUGUAUAACAAUUGAAACAUGUACUUAAACAAUACAGAGGAAACCCAAACAACAAUAAGAAAAACAAAUCUCUGAAAAAGAGUAGCAUGUGUAAAAUUGUCAGCAAUUUUUUUUUUUAGAACAUUAGGAUAAAAUUUAUGGAUUCUUGAUAAGUUUACAUGCUCACUAUGCAAUGAACAAAUUUAUUCACAUAUAAAAAUAUAUUCUGAACUAUGAAAGGAUCUGAUCUUUGCACAGUCCAAUUUACAUAUGAUUUUACAAGCAAAAAUGAAUGGAAAAAUAAACCAUUAUUUAGUAAUGAGGUUUUUUAAUUGUUAGAAGGAGUAUUUGCAGAAAGAAUUUUUUAAAAACUAUUCAUAUUUAGCUGUAUAUCCAAAGCAUAUGUUAAACAAAUUAACAUAUAAAAUACUUUCCAGAAAUUUUUCAUUAAGAUGAAAUUUUUAUUAUAUACAAAUGAACCCUAUGUAAAUGAUGUAACUUUUAUGAAUAAUUAUGACAGACAUUAAAUAUUUCACAUGUAUUCUCAGUAUUUGAAUGUUUUCUUAAAUGCUUUCAUCUUCUGAAUACCAAAAAAGAAAAAAAGGAAAGAAAAAGAAAAGAAAAAAAGAGAGAAACUCUUAAGAAGGCAAUACACCAUGAUAUAUAGAUUAUUCUGAGAGAACUUGAAACAUGAUGGUUUUGUCUGUAACUAGAAUGUUUAUGCCUCAAUGAAUGAAAUCUCGUUCAUAACUAUAGCUGUUUAAAUAAUUUAAAAAUACAUUUCAUUUCAGUUAAUUUAAAUUAUUGUUCUACAGAGAUACUCUUCUCCUGUGUCACUCACCUGUGACAGAUUUAGAACUAGUGGCAACUUUUUAAAUUCUAUAGAUGUUUAAACAUUUGUCUGGUAAAUGAAAUGAGGGAGAGGACUAAAAGAAAAAGGACAUAUUUUUAAAAAUAUUUGAAAAAACAUCUGGAAAAAACUCAAUGUAAUAUUAAUUUUAAACAGGCACAUUUUACAAAAAGCAAGGAGAACUAAUUAAGUAGGUUGGAUGUAUACAAAUCAUAGGAUUCAGAGUUAGAAGGACUAUUGUGGCUUUCUGUGUUAGAGAGCAGCUCUUAAGAGUCUAGGUAACCACUUACUUCUUCUGUUGGAGUGAGAAUGAAAGAAUGUGAACUUCCGAAGUGGGAUCAGUGCAGAAAGUUUUCAUACUCCAUCUAAACUGUAGUUUGGAAAAAGAACUGAGGAUAAUCUUGUCAAUUUUAGUCAAGUUAAUCUUGGAUGGGGGUGGGGAAAGAACUUCUUAAAUAUUACUAGAAAUAAUAGUGGUUGAGUUAAGCCCUUUGAUUUUAACUAAUAUUUUAAAUUACUAAAAUAAUAGAUGAUUUUUUGAAAAGGCCAAUAGGAAGUCCGAAGCAUUUCUGAAAAUUUGAUAAUUGAUAGCCUAAAAAGGAUUUUUUUUUACUGUAUCCAGACUUCAGUGGAAGUCACUUAAAGUUUGCUAAAAAUAUGUUUUUAAAUAACCUUUCUUCCAAAGAGCUCAAAGCAUUUAAUAAAGAUCUUACAAAUAUCUCAUUUUUUCUUCACAAUAUUCCUGUUUAGGGUAUAAACCUAGAUAUCUAUUAUGAAUUUUCUGAUUCACCAAUUGUGAGCAGGAAUUGGAUAUUUGGAGUGAGGUUAUUUUAAAUUUUUGAAUUAGGGGUAAUUGUACUAUUAAUAUGGAAAUGGAAAUGCAUUUAUUAAGUAACUACUGGUAUGUUGCUUUGCUAGGCACCAUAACUUACCUUGACAAUAAUAUUUUGACAAUGAAAUAAAAUUAAAAUUUUUUUGUAGAGAGAUUCUUUAUUCAAUGGAAUAUCCAACACCAUUUAAAUUUUACAGCCAGAAAUCUCUAAGCACCAGGAAUCAGUAGAGGAAAUUAAAAUUUAUCUCAAGUAUAAGAAACUUCAGCAUACUUUGUGUGCAAUUAGAAGUAUAUGCCAAUUAUUUUAUUCAUACUUUUUUGGCUUUCCACUUUAUUAUCAUAAUUGUUAGGAAUAAUUUCCAUCUUUUCAAAUAAAUAAAACUUCAUGCUUUUAUCUUUUAAACUUUGCGCAUCUAUCUUUGUUUUAUUGCUAGUGUCCUGCAUAAAGCACUAUUUUCUUUGUGUCUUUGCUUUUCAAGCAUUUCAUUCAGCUCUCCUAUUGACAUUUCUUUUAGAAGAAUGGCAUUAAUUUCUCUUGUUUUUCUAGUUGUUACUUAUUUUUUCAAAUGUUGUCACUUUUAGGUAACGGAUUAUUUUGAUUACCUAUCCCUGGUAUAUUUGCUUCAUUUUCCUAUAUUGUCAUAGCAAAAGGAUCAGAAUUGUGCAUGGUAUUCUAGGAAAAGUCUGUGAAUAUGGUGUAAGUAUUGAUAACUCACUUUUAUUUAGUGUUAUGUUUGCUAUAAAUGAAUUUCCUUUUCAAUUGUUCUGCAAAGUGAAUCUUCAUUCUUAUUUAUGAUUGCUUCUCAAUUUUCCCAUCUGGGGGGAGUUCUUUAUGUAAUCAACCUUCUCCAAUAUACAUAUCUUCCCUACAUUUUCCCAAAUCCAACUUCUUAAUUUAUGUUUCCUUAUACUUGAUCUCACACUACUAUGGCUUGCCAUCUAGAGAUGAAAGGUUUGGAUAUCUGUUCUAGGAAAUUCCUGCUGUAUAUCUAAGUGUGCUUUCUCCUCACAUCUUAGAAUUGUCAGGAAUGAUUCUUUUUUCCCUUUGGAUUUAUGUUUUCAUCUUGCAUGAUCUUAAAAGUUAUCUUAAAAACCAUAAAUGGAUACCUUUUUUUGGCUAUUUGAAAAUAAAAUUUGCUGCAAGUAAAAGAA